AUGCUCGCCCGCGUCCGCCCCGUCCUGCGCACCGCCCCCCGCGUGCAGCUGCGCGCACUGAGCGACAUCCCGCAGGCCAAGGUCGUCCCCGAGCCCGGACCGCCCGUCAACGUCCUCAUCGUGGGCGCGGGUAACAUCAACUUUGGCUCGGACGAGGGCCCGUGGAACCACUCGCAGCGGCUCGAGGCCAAGCUCGGCGCGCGGCUGCGCGUCGUCGGCCUCGUCGACCCCGCGGCUGAGCGCGCACAGGGCGUGCUGGCCAGCAAGGCGGCGACGCUCGCGGCGCCGGCGUACGCCGAGACGGUCGUGUACCCCUCGGUGCAGGCGGCGACUGCUGCUCUCGCUGCGUCCCCGCCCGACCUGGUCGUGCUCGGCUCGCCGCCCGCGUUCCGUGGCACGACGGACAAGUCGAGGGGCUUCAACGCGGAGGAGCAGCUCACGGACGCGUUUCCCGCCGCGGCGCUGUUCGUCGAGAAGCCCGUCGCUACCGGCCCCGUGGAGGAGGUGCAGAAGGUCGCCGACCUGCUCGAGAGCCGCAAGGGCUCGCUCGUGAGCGUCGGAUACAUGCUGCGCUACUCGGCUGCCGUGCAGAAGAUGAAGGAGAUCAUCAAGGAGAACAACCUGACCGUCAUGAUGACGAGCGCGCGAUACGUCAUGGCGUACGAGCACAGCUCGAAGCCUGCAUGGUGGAACAAGUCGAUCGACUGCGGGCCGAUCGUGGAGCAGGCGACGCACUUUGUCGACCUGUCGCGCUACUUUGGCGGCGAGAUCGACCUGCCCUCGAUCCUCGCACACUCGAUCGAGUGGUACGAGAAGCCAGGGCAGCUGAGCAAGCUGUCAGUCGACGAGUCCAAGAUCCCAGAGGACGACCGCAUCCCGCGCUUCACGUCCGCGACGUGGAAGUAUGACUCGGGGGCUAUUGGGCACCUGGAGCACGGCGUGUCGCUGCAGGGCACCGAGUUUAGCACCGAGCUGGCAGUUUUCGCCGACGGGUACCAGCUCAAGCUGACGGACCCGUACAACCGCCCGACGCUGUACGUGCGCCGCCCAGGCUCGGACGUGGAGGAAGUGCACAAGUUCCACGACGACGACCCCUUCCUGUCCGAGAUGGCGACGUUCAUCGACCUCGCAGGCAAGGGCACGAGCGACAUCCCCGUGCUCAGCAGCUAUGCGGACGCGGUCAAGACGUACGAGGCGACAUGGGCUAUUCGGUGGGCGUCGGAGAAGACGCGGAGGAGGCGCGAGUAG